GCAAAGGCCAUCCCAUGCUCAUAGCUUUAAUUGGUUCUUAUUUGUCAGAAAAUAAGACAGUUUUUAGCAUGAACGAUGACCAAAUAUGGGAGUAUAUUAGAUUUAUGUUUUCAAAGGGAGAUUACAGGUUAAACGAUUUUGAUGACGACGUCAGAAUUCCCAGCGAAAAGAUCAGGACAUGCGUAGACCAACUCCUCAGUAGGAAAGAGCUAAAAUCCCGAUAUAUGGACCUGGCUAUAUUCAUGCAGGACGUGAACAUACCUCCAGAAGUCCUAAAAAUUCUUUGGAACACCACCAUAACCGACGUGAUGCACACCAUGAACAAAUUCGCACAAAAAUCUUUAGUUGUGCCAUUUUAUCAUAGUAACCAACAAAGGUUUAUUUAUGGAGUGCACGAUAUCCAUUUGAAAUACCUGAAAGAAGAAACGAAGGAUCAUAUCCACGAAAUUCACAAGAGGCUGAUUGAUAAUUAUGAUUUGCUGAUUGAUGGGAAUUAUGCCAAAUUGCCUGAUGAUAACUACAGUUUUCAUUUUAUCGGUUAUCAUAUGUCCGAAGCUCGGGAAUUUGCAAAAUUUGAAAUGUAUUUUAAUUUGGAGUUUUUGGAAGCAAAAAUCAGGGCUGUGGGUAAAGAUGACGUCUUGACAGAUAUGGAGACAUACAGAGACUUGAUUACGGGGAAGGAUGCUGCCUUAGAUACCAAACUAAACCAUUACAAAGAAUUUAUAAGAAAACACGGUGCCAAUCUGUAUAACUUUCCUAAAACCAGUAUUAUACAAUACGCUUUGCAGGAGAAAAAAGAUUCCUGUAUUUACGACACUGCCGUAGCUUAUGCCAAGACUUCUCCCAGACUUUUCUUCAAGUUUAUUCGGUCGGUGAGUGAAGAUUUAGACGAGUUCCAGAAUAUCAACAUACGAGAUGACAUAACCUGUGCCUGUUUUGUCAAUUCUGUUAAGCAUAUCCUUCUUGGAUUCUCCAGUGGAAAAAUUAAGUUAUUUUAUGAGAGAUAUGAGAAAGAAAUAUCAAGUUUUGCUGGUCAUUCAUCACCCAUUAAAAAUUUGAUUAUUAGUCCGGAUAAAAGUCAUUUUUUGUCAAUUGGUUCGGAAGGUUUGGUGAAAUUUUGGAAAUUUUCUGAUGACAGAAGAAACAGCAUAGAAUCCAUAGGAUCGCCAAAAACGACUCAAAGCAACUGGCAAGACCUCUUCAGCCCGGAUAAUGGAGAAAUUCAACCCAAGAAAGAGAUAACUCAAAAAAACGACCAUUUGGUCUCCGCGGCUUUCGCCACCUCCUUUCCCGUACCUCCUUACGCAGUCACAGGCUCCAAAAAUGGGUGCUGUGUCGUCUGGGAUUUGGAUACUGGCAAAGAAGUGUGUUCAAUCGGACCCAGAGGUUAUGAAAUUUCUUGCGUACAUCUGUCAUCGCGUGACGUCAUUUUCAGUUAUGAUGAUCUGAUCAAUAUAUACAAAUUCACAACCAAGAACAACAAGAUUGAAGCUGAGUACUCAUCAGCUUUAUACAACAAGUACAAGGUUAAGGCAUUUUCUCCCUUUGGUAAACAGGAGAUAAUAGCGGUGAGUCACAACAAUAUCAGGCUGUGGAACGUCAAUACGAAGAAACCACAGGAUCAUAACCUCAAUUUGGAACCAGAAGAGCAGUGCUUGUGUCUGGCGCUUACUUCAGAUUUGAAUUAUCUGAUUUUUAGCACCGAGAAGGGAUCGGACAAGAGAACUUUGCAACAGUGCUACAUACACCCCAAUAAGGAUAGUACUGAACUGUGCUACACCAGUACACCCCUAUUUGUGGCUCACUGGAAAAACAAUCAGCCGUUUUUUCCGUUGGUUUCCAGUCCAGAGAAUAAGAUUCAGGUUUACAGAGGAUAUUCUCUUAUUUCUGAGACGGAUAAAAUAAAUGUUACGAACACUUUAGCCACAGAAUUGCAUAUAUAG